UAAUGGGUGAGCGGUGCGGUUCCGGAGCAGGAAACUCCCGUUCCCGUCUCCACCAAACCGGGAAGACGGCCCCUCGCAUUGGCAGGGUUCCCGGAGAGGGGGGGUGCUUGCAUUUCUAUUGGGGGCACUGAGCUGCAGGGCGCAUGUGUAUCCGACAUCUUUUUAAGGGGCAACGUUUGCAAUGACAAUGGAGACGACUUGUCUAUCAAGCUGCAUGAGCCUUUCACACCCAAUGUCGUAUCGAUGAGGCAGAGCAGCGGCGCGAAAAGGAAGCUGUCUGGAUCCCAGUUACCCAUGAGACGCCCUGCCCCAUAUGUCCAAUGACUGCGAGGAGAUAUCAUCCUGGAAUCGAGGGACUCCUGACCCAAAAAGGAGCAGUGUUUAAGGUUCUUGUGAGCAGUAUGCUGGAGAUAGCAUGAAUGGUCAUCCUGCUGUGGGAGAAGGGGAUGCUAUGAACAUUUAUCCUGGAUUGACAGUGAUAAAUUUUGAAAACUACUUUGACGGGGGUUGGAAGGGGAGGAUUUACGCACAGUAAACUCAAACCAAGAGAAAUGUUUGUCUCCGCUGAAUUUCAAUCCUGGAAUGACAGUGAUGAUUCUUUUUUGUAAAUUUCUUUUACAGAAUGUUUGAGGAUGGUUUGUUGUUUACAGGGCAUUAGAAAAGGAAACCUGAACCAAAUGUCAUAUAAGGCUCUGACGGAGUCUCCCCAGUGUACCAUAACCUGAAUAUCUUCAGAUUUUGAAAAUGGAAAGAAAAAAUGCCAUUCACAGUGGAGAGAAAAUGUGCACGUGUUCUAAGAGUGAACGAGGUUUUUGCCGAUCAUCUGGCCUGUUGCAACAUAAAUGUAGCAAUAGAGGGAUGAAGUCAUGGAAAUGUGGGGACUGUGGGAAGCGAUACCAAGCUCCAUCUGAGCUGGAAGCUCAUUGGCGCAGUCACACUGGGGAGAGGCCAUUCAUCCGCUCCAAAUGCAGAAAGGGAUUCACUCAGUCGUCCAGUCUGCUGCUACACCAAUGCAUUCACUCGAGAGAGAGAAGCAGUUCACCUGCUGCAAGUGUGGGAGGGGAUUCACUCAGUCAUCCCACCUGUUGAGGCACCAGCGAGUUCACACUAAUGACAGACCUUUCAAAUGUCCAGACUGUGAGAAGUGCUUCAGGAGUUCAGAGGAACUGAUGUCCCAUCAACACGUUCACAUCGAAGAGAAACGAUUCAGGUGCUCUCACUGCGGAAUCAGGUUCAGACAGUUGUCUGGCCUCAGUAAACACCAGCGGGCUCACACUGGGGAGAGGCCAUUCACCUGCUCUGACUGUGGGAAGGGAUUCACUCAGUUAUCCCACCUGCAGUCACACCAGCGGGUUCACACCGGGGAGAAGCCGUUCGUCUGCUCCGUGUGUGGAAAUGGAUUCAUUUAGUCAUCCACUCUGCUAAUACACCAGCUCAUUCACACAGGGUUGGGACUGUUCACCUGCUUCGUGUGGGAAGGCAUUCACAUGUUCACCUGCUCUGCUGAAACACCAGCGAGUUCAUGAAUAACCACAGAGUUUAAUUUUGCUGGUGAUCACAUCCAUAACUGAAACAUGUUGCAUUGAAACUUAGAAAAUAGUAGCAGGAAUAGGCCAUCUGGUCCUGUGAGCCUCCUCUGCCAUUCAGUAUGAUCAUGGCUGAUCAUCCAACUCUGUACCCUGUUCCGACUCUCUCCCUGUAUCCUUUGAUCCCUUUAGCCCUCAGAACUAUUUCCAGCUCCUUCUUGAAAUCAUGCAAUUUUGGCCUCAACUGAUUUCUGUGGCAGAGAAUUUCACAUGUUCAUCCCCUCUCUGGGUGAAGAAAUUUUUGUUUAUCUCAGUCCUAAAUGGCCUACCCCAUAUCCUUAUAUUGUGAUUCCUGGUUCUGAAUCUCCAGGCAUUGAGAACAUUCUACCUGCGUUUUACCCGGUCUAGUCCUGUUGGGAUUUUAGAGAUUUCUGUGAGAUCUCCCCUCUUCUUUCUGAACUCUGAUUGAUAUAGUCCUAACUGAUCCAGUCUCUCUUCACACCAUCAGUUUUGCUAUCACAGGAAUCAGCCUGGUACAUCGUUGUUGCGUUCCCUCUGUAGCCAGAACAUCCUUCCUCAGAUAUGGAGACCAAAACUGCACGCAAUGCUCCAGAUAUGGUCUCACCAAGGCCCUAUACAAUUGCAGUGAGACAUAGAGUCAUACAGCAUGGAAACAGACCCUUCAGUCCAACUAGUCCAUGCCGACCAUGUUCCCAAACUAAACUAGUCUCACUAGCCUGCAUUUGGUUCAUAUCUCUGUAACCUUUCCUAUUCAUGUACUUAUGUAUUCAAAUGUCUUUUAAAUGUUAGAGGAGUACCUGCAUUCACCACUUCCUCUUGGCGUCCAUUCCACAUAUAAACCACUCCGUGUAAAAAAUGUUACCUCCCCAAAAUCUUUUCUAAAACUUUCCCCAUCUCACUUUAAAAAUAUGCCCCUUAGUUUUGAACUCCAUCAUCCUAGGGAAAAGAACCUUGCUAUUCACCUUACCUAUGCCCCUCAUGAUUUUAUAAACCUCUAUAAAGUCACCCCUCAACCUCCUACACUUCAGUGCAUAAAGUCCCAGCCUCUCCCCAUAACUCAAACCCUCCAUUCCUGGCAACAUCCUGGUAAAUUGUUUCUUGAACCCUCCAAUUUAAUAAUAUCUUUCCUAUAACAGGGCGACCAGAACUGCACAAAAUACUCCAGAAGAGGCCUUACUGACAUCCUGUAGAACCUCAACAAUUUCUAUACUAAAAGGUCUGAGCAUGCUAAAUACCUUCUUAACUACCCUGUCUUCCUGUGACGCAAAUUUCAAAGAAGUAUGUACCUGAACCCCUCGAUCGCUCUUUCUCAAAACUAGCCAAGGCCUUACCAUUAAUUGUACCAGUCUGUCCUGCCUUUGUUUGUUUUACCAAAAUGCAAUAUCUCACAUUUAUCCAAAUUAAACUCCUUCUGCCACUCCUCAGCCCAUUGACUGAAUCAAGAUCUCUUUGUCAUCUUAUCCCCGCUCCUGGACUUGAAUCCUCAUGCUGUGAAGGCCAAUAUACCAUGUGCCUUCUUCGACGCCUGCCCCGAUUGCUUACUUUCGAUGAUUGGUAUACAAGGACAUCCAGGUCUCAUUGCACCUCCCCAAUGUAUCACCAAUCAGAUAAUAAUCUGCCUUUGUGCUUUUGCUACAAAAAUAGUUAACCUCCCAUUUAUCCACAUUAUAAUGCAUUUACCCACGCACUCAUCUUGUCCAGAUCAUACUGAAGCAUCUUCUGCAGUCUGGUCACGGCUUACCCUUCCACCCAACUUUGUGUUGUCUGCAAACUUGGAGAUAUUAGUUCCCUCAUCUGAAUCAUUAACGUAUCUAUCAUAUAUAUGUUCUGGAAGCAGUCCAUUUGGCCCAUCGAGUCCAUACCAACCUUUCAAACAGCAUCACAUCUAAAACCACCCUGCUGCUGUAUCCCAGUAACCCUGCAUAUCCCAUGGCUAAUCCAACUAACCUUCACAUCCCUGGACACUAUGGACAAUUUAGCACUGUCAAUCCACCUAACUCCCACAUGUUUGGAUUGUGGGAGGAAACCAACACAGAUACAGGGAGAAUGUGCAAACUCCACACAAACAGUCACUUGAGUCUGGAAUCGAACCAAGGUCCCUGGUGCUGUGGGGCAGCAGUGCUAAUCACUGAGCCAUCUUGCUGCUGUAAUAUAUUCUGAAUAGUUGGUAUCCAAGCACCUAUCCCUAUCAUACCCCACUAGUCAAAGGGUGCCAUUUGGAAAAGACCCAUUUAUUCCUACUGUUUAUUUCCUUUCUGCCAACCAGGUCUCUAUCCAUGACCAUACCCAUGCACUUUAAUCUCGUAUGUGCAACCUCAUCAAGAACUUUCUGAAAGUCCAGGUAAACUACAUCCAUUGGCUGCCCUAUCAACACUACGAGUUACACUAUCAAAAAAUUCCAGUCGAUUUGUCAGGCAUGAUUUCCCUUUCAUAAAUCCAAGCCGGCUCUGUCCAAUUCGGUCACUAUUUUGUAAGUGUUCUGCUGUUAAAUAUUUUAUGAUGGAUUUUAGUAUUUUCCUAAUGAUGUCGGGCUAACAGGUCUAUAAUUUCCUGUUUUCUCUCUACCUCCUUUUUUAAACAGUGAGGUUACAUUAGCUACCCUCUAAUCCAUAGGAACUGUACUGGAGUCUGUGAAAGAUGACCACCAAUGCAUCCCUUAUUUCUUUAAGAAUUCUGGAAUGUAAAUUAUUGAGCCCAGCAUAUUUAUCAGCCUUUAAUCCAUCAGUUUCCCCAACAUUUCCUUUCCAGUGCUGAUUUCCUUCGGUUCCUCCUUCUCACUAGACUCUAAGUCCUCCAACAUUUUUAUUCAGUUUGUGUCCUCCUUUGUGAAGGAAUAACCAAAAUAUGACUUUAAUUGGCCUGCCAUCUCUUUGUUCCUCAUUCUCAUUUUAAAGGACUGACAUUUGUCUUCAAUAAUCUUUUGCUCUUCAUUUGCAUAUGGAAGCUAUUACAAUGAGUUUGAAUGUACCCUGCGAGCUGACUCUCACACUCCCCUUAAUCAAUCGCUUUGUCUCCCUUGACUGAAAUCUAAACUGCUCCCAAACCUCAGGUCUACUGCUUUUUUUUUGGGCUAAUUUGUAUGCCCUUCCUUGGGUCUAGUACUUGACUGAAUCGAAUUAUUGAAUUGAACUUGCUUUAUUGUCACGUGUACUUAUAUGAGUACUGUGAAAAGUUUACAAGUCGCCACUUACGGUGCCAUCUUAGAUACAAAGGUACGAAGGUACACGUUCUUGAGUACAAAUUCUCAGGGGAAAAAAAUAGAAAAAUAAAGAAAUAAAAAGUCCAGCAUUACAGGCCUUAAAAAGUACAAAAUCAUUGCAAUAAUUUAGUAAAAUAAAGAAAUAAGAAGUUCUGAAUAACAGUCCUUCCACAAUAAUGUAAUAUAGUAUCAUAUAAUAGGAUAUUAUACUAUCCCUAAUUUCCCUUGUUAGCCAGGGUCGGGCCACCUUUCCCAUUUCAUUUUUGAGAAAUGAACAGUUGUUGCAAUUGAUCCAUACAUUCUUUAAAAUGUUUGCCAUUGCCUAUCCACUGUCAUCCCUUUCAGUCAUGUUCGUCAAUUCAUCAUAGCCAACUUAGUACCAUCAUAGUUUCCAUUAUUUAGAUUUGGGACGCUGGUCUCAGAAUCAACUACGUCAAUCUCUAUCUUAGUGAAGAAUUCUAUCACACUAUGGCUACUUCCCCACAGCUAGGUUGCCAAUUAUUCCUUUCUCAUUAUGCAAUAUCCAGUCUAGGAUGGCCUAUCCAUGGUUGGUUCCUCAAUGUAUUGAUCCAGAAAGCCAUCUCGUACACACUCCAGGAAUUCCUCUUCUAUGGCAUUUGGCAAAUCAAAUCGGGAACAAUCUGUAUGCAGAUUAAAGUCGCCCAGAAUUACAGCUAUAUCUUUACCGCUUGUGGUUUUGAUUUCCUGUUUAAUCCCUUUCCCAAGAAUACCACUACAGUUUGGGGGUCCAUAUGUGCUCCGAUUAUUGUUUUCUGGCCCUUGGUGUUUCUAAGCUUUAGCCAUGCAAGUCCAACUUCACUGGAAUGAAUAUCCUCCCUCAGUAUUGUGUCAAUGUGCAACUUAACCAACAAUGCUACCCCAGCUUCUUUUCCUCUUUGUCUGUCCUUCCUAAAAACUGAAUACCCCCCAGAUAUUCAGUUCCUGCACACUCUGUAUCCAUGUCUCGAUAAUCGUAACUUUAUAAUACCCCAUUUAUAUUUUUUUGCGCAAAUAAAUCAGGUUUGUUAUCUGCUGAG